UGAAUCCAUCCAUCAUAAAUAUACUAUAUGAAUAUGACACAAAACGCCAGAAGAUAUUUAUUAAUGGGCAGGAGAGACCCGGAAGUGAAAGUAUCCAUGGUAACAAGGUGAGGAGACGCCAAACCGGACAAGAGAAGCCGUGGCUCAGACCGGAAGCUCCUAUGUCCCGAAAAGCUCUGAAAGUGGUGGUUGAAUUAAAGUUCAGAGCGGUUUCCUGUCCUGGGGUUCAUCUGCCAGCCAAAGAUGACAUCUACCUCAGCGUGUGUUUCAUGGGCCACGACCGUCAGUCUGAGUGUCUCCCUGCCGUCUUCCCUCUGCUGUUUCAUGAGAAGAUGACCUUUGAGAAGAUCUUCAGACAUGCAGUGGACCCCGGAGACAUCGCUGUAAUGCUUGAGUACGAGACGGUCAGAGUUGAACUGGUGCAGUUGGCCCCUCCUGCGGGGGACAUUCUCGCCUGCUUCGAGGAAGAUGCGCGACGGUUUUUAUUCCCAGAGCCCAGACUGGUUCCUUCCUUCUCCGGAGUGGACCGAGAGGUUCUGAUGACCCGAGCACCUUACUUUCCAGGUAUUGCUCCCAGGUUGGAGUUCUCCACCAAAACCACCAUCAUUGAGUGCUCAGCUGAUUCUGAGAUCAACAUUUCCCGCAAUGUGCUCAUGAGGCCAGCGAUAAUGAGGAACAUGAAGCGCUCCAGCAGACCCAGGACCUCUUCUCCUCAGAGGAACCAAUCUCCAACCUCUGCAAUGAGACGAUGUGGCAGGACAGGCCGAGAGAGACACGGCACAGCCAGGUCGCCGUCGCGCAUUUCCAGAUCCCAGUCCCCGCAGAGAAACACCCAGCAUCUGGCCCACCUCAGCCUGGACCCUGUGGCUCCCAACUCAACCGACGUGGACACAGCCACCACCUCCCAACCUAUGCUGGCUUCGUGGCCUGGAGCCGGUCGAUGGGACUCACCCCAUGUUUCUGCAGUGUUGACCAACUCCUCUUCACCUUUGGUCAGGUCUUCAUCAACAGUGAGAUUCUCUCCAACUGGCAGAAGAAAAUCCAAUGGUUUGGUUGAAGAGACAUCUGAAGACGACUCCAGCUCAGAAACACAAGACCUUCAUGAUGACCGUCUUCCUCCUUUCUUGAAAAGGUCUCCGUCCAGUUCUCACAGAGAAUGGGAAGAAGUCCACGAGCGUGUUCGAGGACUCCUUACGACGCCAAAAGCUGUAAGCCGACUUCUCUGCGGGGCCACAGUCUCUGAGGUAGACCAGGUUUUGGCCAGAAGGUCCAUCUCUCCAGGUCCACCCUGAUGAUGUGGCCAGGCUCAGGAGAGAAAGAGACGACUGUUACGGAAGUUUCCUGGAAGCUGGUGAGAGGAGGACUCAGGCAGCGGCUGAUGUCUUAUGCAGAAGAUUUGAAUGUUGACUUGAUGCAUCAAGGAGACCAGAAGAACAAUAUACAAACGCUAACAGAGUCCAAAGAUGUCUCCCACAGCAUCCCAGUAUAUCUUCCUCUACUUGUCACCCAUUCUAACAGCACAUCCAUGAAUGGCUGGAAUUUCUGUCACUCUCUAUGCAACAUGUAGGUGUCUAAAUAUGCAUGA